AGGGCUCUUCCCCUUCCUCCCCGUCGCCCGCCCGCUCACACCUGCCUGUGCUUUCCCGUGGAGAUCUGAAACGCUGAUCGUAACACUCUCAGAAUGAUUUUCGAGUCAUGUGUCGAGAGCCGUCUGUGAAAGCUCUGCUUAUUUUGACUGAUGACACUGAGGCGUGAGCCGCGAAUGAUUGGAGAUGAUUUUUAUUGAUCGACACUGAAUGUGUUUCCUUUACUCCGUGCAGUGAUUUGAUGUAUGAUCGUGUCUUGUGAUGUUUUUUGGGGACCUUUAGUUAAAGGUGUGUAUAAGCUGCAAAGAGGGUGGACUUUUGGAUUAGUGCUAGUUAGCAUAUGGAGGAUUUCAAUUUUGUUGUUGGUCAAGAGUUUGCUGAUGUAAAGGCUUUUAGGAAUGCAAUUAAAGAAGCAGCAAUUGCACAGCAUUUUGAACUUCGUAUUAUAAAAAGUGAUUUAAUCCGUUACUUUGCAAAGUGUUCUUGUGAAGGUUGUCCAUGGCGCAUUCGUGCAGUGAAGCUUCCCAAUGCCCCCACCUUCACAAUAAGAAGCCUUGAGGGGACUCAUACCUGUGGGAAAAAUGCGCAAAAUGGGCAUCAUCAGGCUUCUGUAGAUUGGAUUGUGAGUUUCAUAGAGGAACGACUGCGGGAUAACAUUAACUACAAACCGAAGGACAUAUUGCAUGAUAUUUACGAACAGUAUGGAAUUACUAUACCAUACAAGCAAGCUUGGCGUGCCAAGGAACGGGGCCUUGCUGCAAUUUAUGGCUCUUCCGAGGAGGGAUAUUGCCUCCUUCCUGCAUACUGUGAGCAAAUUAAGAAUGCCAACCCCGGAAGUUUUGCUGAGGUUUUCACCGCUGGUGCAGAUAACCGGUUUCAACGGCUUUUUGUUUCUUUCUAUGCAUCCAUUUAUGGGUUUCUUAAUGGUUGCUUGCCUAUUGUUGGGCUUGGUGCGAUGCAGCUUAAAAGCAAAUAUCUGGGUACGUUGCUUUCAGCAACUUCUUUUGAUGCUGAUGGUGGGCUUUUUCCACUUGCCUUUGGUGUGGUUGAUGUAGAGAAUGAUGAGAGCUGGAUGUGGUUUUUGUCAGAGUUACAUAAGGCACUGGAGAUGAGCACAGAGAAUAUUCCACGGCUUACAUUCUUGUCUGAAGGACAAAAAGGGAUUGCUGAUGCUGUGAGAAGGAAGUUUUCUGGUUCUUCUCAUGGAUUGUGCAUGCGCCACCUGACCGAAAGCAUUGGCAAAGAAUUCAAGAACUCAAGGCUUGUCCAUCUUCUGUGGAAAGCUGCAUAUUCCACGUCUACCAUUGGAUUUAAAGAAAAAAUGACAGAAAUUGAGGAGGUUUCUUCUGACGCAGCAAGGUGGAUUCAACAGUUUCCACCAUGCCAUUGGGCAUUAGUUUAUUUUGAAGGAACACGGUAUGGUCACCUCUCAUCAAAUAUUGAGGAGUUCAACAGAUGGAUUGUUGAAGUACGGGAGCUGCCUGUGAUCCAAGUGGUUGAGCGUAUUCACAGUAAACUAAGGACUGAGUUUGAAGAAAGGCGCUUGAAGAGUAGUUCUUGGUUUUCAGUGUUAGCUCCAUCUGCUGAGAAGCAUCUGAUUGAAGCAAUCAACUGUGCGUCCACGUAUCAAGUCCUUCGUUCCGAUGAAGUGGAAUUUGAAGUUAUAUCAACUGAGCGAUCUGAUAUUGUAAAUAUUGGGACCCAUUGUUGUUCAUGCCGUGACUGGCAACUGUACGGAAUACCAUGCUCCCAUGCCGUUGCAGCUAUCAUGUCCUGUAGAAAAGAUGUUUAUGCCUUUGCAGAGAAAUGUUUUACUGUUGCUAGUUACCAUGAGACAUAUUCAAAAGAGAUACACCCUCUACCUGGUAAAAUUGAAUGGAAGAAGACGGAUGAGGCACCUGCCAAUGAUGAAGUCCAACUUGUGCGACCACCCAAGUUUCGUCGGCCACCUGGACGCCCCGAAAAGAAGAGGAUUUGCGUGGAGGACCUUAAUCGUGAGAAACACACCGUGCAUUGUAGCAGGUGCAACCAAACUGGGCAUUACAAAACAACGUGCAAAACAGAGACUAUAAAGAGAAUAGAGCAGUUUUAGAUGUUAAACUUUGUACCCCAAGUCAAUGAUUAGUUUGCUAUUUCCUGGAUUAGAUAGUUUAACCAUGUUCCAGGAAUACUUUCAAUCCAGGUAUUGUAGAAUAGGAAAUCACCAUUGUACUAUUAAUGUGUCUUUAGUCUGUAUCACAGCCAUGAGGAAUGGAGAUUUUGUUUCUCUA